AUGUAUGUAGUGAGAAUCUUUGUGCUUGCACUUGUUGCAUUGUGGGCAGGCUUGUGGUGAAAGCUUGUCGGGGGAUAAAUUCAGAGUUUCCUUUCCCCUCUCUGCAACCGCAAUGGUUGUGCUUCUUGUGACAAGGUUUGGUUGAGGAGGGGGAGAGGCAGAGGGGCUCGCAUUUAUUAAGAGCAGAGCUCAAAGUCUGAAAGCUCACAACUUCACAGAGAAGAACAGAUACAACUUGUCUGCUGCGCCGAAAAUUCUUCUUAAUUCAGAACUUAUUCAGAAGGGGAUUUUAUACUGAUACACCUUGCGAUCUGACUGAGGACUGAGGGACUCUAAGCUCCAAGUCGAGGAGGAAUUACAAGGAUGAAUUUCAUCCUGGUUUCAUCCACACUUCUGUGUGUUAUUGCAUGGAUGAAUUCAAUUCAAGGAAUCCAUGGUAUGGUGCACGACUGCAAAUGUCCCAAGCCAACAGACACAAAAGUUCAUAAAACAAAAAUUGUCAGCUAUACCAUUCAAGAAGAAAGCAUCUGUAAUGUAAGAGUUGUAAUGUUUCUAACAGUCAAAGGAAAGACAAUUUGCGCUGACCCAAACUCCAGUUGGACAAAAGAAGUCAUGAGGACCUUGGAUGAAAAGAAACCCGUGAUGGAGGCGCAGAAAAAAGGAGCAGAAAGUACCAAAACUCCAUCAAGGUAUACAAUGACCCCAGCGGCGACCCGAUCGACAGUGUUCACAUCGACCUCGUCUGUGUUCACAUCAACCUCGUCGGUGUCCACCUCGACCCCUUCAGGGUCCGCCUCAACCCAUCCGGGGUCCGCCCCGACCCAUUCAGGUUCCACAGUGGCACCAACCGAAACAACAACAGCAGCAUCCACAUUGGCAUCGUCCACUCUGAAACCAACUGCAGCGCCAUCGUCAAAUCAGGCUUCAGUCAGAAGGCAAAGAGGAAAAGGAAAUGGAAAGCAUGGAAACAGAGGAAGACGAGGCAGAAAUGGAAGAAAAAACAAAAGGACAAUGAAGAAAUGGCAGAAAAAAGAGGCCCGAAAAGAAUUACAGAUAAUUCUUCGAUACAAAUAAACAUAACCCAAUUAAAACUUACUUUGAUACAUCAGAGGGACACACCCCAAACUAUGUAAAAAGUAACAACAUAUAUAUACAUACAUACUUACAUUCUCCCACAUACAGGCACAUAUACAUUAUGUUCAUGUAUUUAUAUCACUAUAGAGAGAUAUUUUUGAAAUUUGUGUCAAAUGAAAAAAAUAAGAGUUUAUACGGUCCUGUCUUUGUUAAAUAAAUG